AUGAAGAUGAAGAUGAAGCGAUCAAACGAGCUGCACCUGAUCCGCGCCAUCUACUUUGUGCAGUGCUUGGUGGGAUGCUGUGUGAGCAACUUCUUGGUGCUGUACUUGUCGUACAGGCACUUGGAUUCACAUGAGGUCGGGAUCAUCAUCGGAACCGUGUACCCAUUCUCCCAAAUGAUCGGACAACCUGUGUGGUCCAGCAUCGCAGAUUGUACGGGCCGCCACAAGGCCUGCAUGCUCUGGUCCCUUGUGACGGGGUCGGCGGUCAUUUUCUGUGCGCUCUACAUGGCCACCUUUGCCAAGAUCGCCCUGGUCAUCGGUGCAGGCGCGCUGCUCACUGCGGGCGUCAACCCUCUCCUGGACAACACCACGCUCGUCUCCCUGGAGUACCACGGCGUGCCGCUCAGCAACUACGGCCGCUUUCGUGUCUAUGGCGCCGUGGGCUGGGGCGUAUCCGCGCUGGGCCUGGGCCCCUUGAUUGACCGCUUCGGCGUUCCCGUCAUCUUCUACGCCUUUGCCGUCUCCAGCGUGCUGUACGUCGCCCUCAUCGCCAUCCUCCCCUUCAGCGGCGGGGCCGCUGCGCUGUCAUACGGAAGCAUCCAGUGUGCGGAUGAUGGCGCAGACAGUGGCAACCAGCAGCCACCAGCACCAACAGCGUAUUGGAUGGACGGUGCGGGAGACGAGCAGGCCAAGUUGCUGCCACCAUCCACGACCACCGCCUCCAACCCACCCUGCGGAGCCGCAGAUGUGGCGUCGCGUGGGUACCUUCGCACGCUGCUGGGCCAGCGGUACACGCUGCUGUUCUUCUUCAUGGUGGUCAGCAUGGGCAUUGGCAAGGGCGUCAUCGACGCGUUUCUGUUUCUCUAUCUGCAAGAGCUUGAUGCGCCGGCAACACUCAUGGGCCUCACGCUGGCCGUCACCACUGUGUCUGAGAUACCGUUCUUCUUCUUCAGCGGGGAGCUCAUUGCCAAGUGUGGUGCCAUCUACACGGUCUCCCUUGCCCUGUGCGCAUACGCUGCCCGCCUCCUCUACUACUCCCAGCUCACACGCGCAUGGCUCGUUCUCCCCAUCGAGCUGUUACAUGGCCUCACCUUUGGGCUGAGUUGGGCUGCCGUCGCUUCCUACUCCUACAAGAUCUCCCCCAAGGGGUAUGAGGCGACGACGCAGGGCAUCACCUCUGCGCUGUUCUGGGGGCUCGGGUUUGGGCUUGGCGCGUGUGGGGGUGGGUUCAUCAACCAGGCAUAUGGGUUUGUGUUCCUGUUCUGGAUGGGGUGCACGUUUGCCGCGUCGGCGUGUAUCGUGGCGCUACUCUGGUACUACAUCGAGACGCGCCUGACGAGCAGCAGCACUACCAGCAGGACCAGUGGCAGCAGGACCAGUGGCAGGAACAGUGGCAGGAACAAUGACAACAACAGCAGUGGGUUUGUGUGA